AUGAUCGUUAAAAAACCGUUAGCAUCAGCACCAAUGAGGCUGCAGAAAAUGCUGCUGAAGCUACAGUGGUACAACCUAAAAGUCUGUUACCGUAGAGGAAAGGAUAUGACAGUGGCUGAUGCCCUGUCCAGAGAGUACUUACCUGAGGCAGAUCCGGAGAUGGAGACUCUUGAAAACGUCAAUAUGUUCAACAUGUUAGAUGUCACUCCUGAUCGCUACUUGGAUAUAGCCCAUCGCACCAGAUUAGAACUGUCAGACCUCUGUAGCAUGAUAGUAAAUGGAUGGCCGGACAUUAAGUCUGAAACCCCUCUUUGCGUGAGAGAAUACUGGAAUUCUCGAGAUUUGUUAUCAGUCACAGAUGGCAUAGUCUUCAAAGGAAUGAGGAUCGUUAUACCACCAAGCUUACGCAGUCAUAUGCUGAAGCUGAUUCAUGAGUCACAUUUGGGAAUCGUUAAAUGCAAACAGAGGGCUAGGGAGGUCUUGUACUGGCCCGCCAUGAACGCAGCCAUUGAAGAGGAGGUCAGGAACUGUCCUAAAUGUGCCAUGUACCAAAACAAACAAAGUCGUGAACCACUUGUACCAACAAUUACUCCUGAGAUCCCUUAUGGUGAAGUUGGCUGUGAUUUGUUUGAAUUUGAACAGAAAAAAUACCUUAUGAUAGUGGACUACCAUUCCAGAUACUUCGACGCAAUUGAACUGAAGUCCACAACAACAUCAGCAGUUGUCAGUGCAAUGAAAGCUACCUUUAGUUGCCAUGGGAUUCCAAUGAAACUGCGUUCUGACAAUGGACCUCCAUUUAACUCACAGGAGUUCCAUUUAUUUUGUGACCAAUAUGGAAUACAACACACCACAUCAAGUCCGCAUUUCCAAAGUUCCAACGGAGAAGCAGAAAGAGCAAUACAGACAGUCAAGAAAUUAUGGAGAAAGUCCGAUGACAAAUAUCUCAGCCUGUUGAACUACCGCACAACACCCUUGGAAUCGGUCAACCUAUCACCAGCACAACUCCUAAUGGGCCGCAGACCAAGGAACAACUUGCCAACCCGUACAGAGCUACUUAAGUCCAGAAAUACCAGACAAAACCUAAAUCAACAAAUGAAAGAUAUCAAGGAGAAGCAGAAGCUCUACUACGAUAGGAGACAUGUGAAAGAAUUACCGCGAUUAGACAUUGGUGACCCCGUGAGAGUUGCACCCCCUGAAAACUCGAACACUAAAGAGUGGAAACCUGCGACUGUAGUUGAGCAACACAAACAGCCGAGAUCCUAUGUAGUUGAGUUCAACAAUAAUCAGAGGCUCAGACGCAACAGAAAACAUCUCAGAGGAGCAAACGCCAAUGCUAACCGCGUACCAGAGCUCGAAGAAGAACCGGAUAUAGCAAGUGAUUCUGAGAUCAUGCACGAUCCUCCAAUCAUGCUACAAACAACCAUAACAGCUGACAAACCUGUUGUCACUUCUUCUGGUCGCGUGGUAAGAAAACCGGAACGCCUGGACCUUUGA